AGUUGGUCGAGGUUUUGCACUCGUGAACGCAUGCGCAGUGGUGAAACCGGCACAAACUGGCAGCGGGACGAGCGGGACGAGAGGAAAGCAAGAAAAAAGACGAUGGCUGUCCACGGCUCAGAGGCUGAACACUGAACGCAGAGAGCGCCACAUGGAGGCGGUGCUGAAAAACUUGGCGAGCACGGCGGAGCUGCUGGCGGUGGCGGCGCACAGCGAUGUGGUGGAGCAGUGGGAUAAACAAACUCUGUCCAGAGCUUUUCACUGGGCCCGGUACUGCGAACACCUGUUUUCCAGAUUUCACAAUAACUCCGCGGUAAGGAGGAUUAUGGAGAAGCGUCUCCAGCUCACAAAUCAAAGCUUGCGAGCUGCCCUCCCUGCGUACACAGAAGUCUCCUUCUCGGACCUCUCCCGGUGCCAGCACCAGUUGCUUGUGGGCCUGUUGAAAAACCCUAAGCUGCCCAGCUCCCUCAUGAAGAUGCUGUUUGACAGCAAGAGUCCUGUGGACACAAAGCACAGUGAGUACCAGGAUGUCACCGGCCUCUGCAGCCACAUCAUUCAGUGCAAAUCUGCGUGUAAAGUCCUGAGUGGGCUCACAGACCCGUCAGCUGUUGGUGCUGAGGCUGAGGUGCAGGGGGUUAUGCUGAUGGAGAGGCUGGGAGCUUUGAUGAGCCAUGGCAACGAAGCCCGCAGGACAGAGCAGUUUUUAGACUCUGUCCUCCAGGGAUGUGAAGGGGCAGCAGAACAUUUCUGUCUGGUCAUCGCUGCAGCUCUGCUCACAACUAAAAACUCAGCCACAGAAACGGCUUCAUGGGAUUUUGUCUUGGACUGGCUGCAGAAAAAACAAAGCAUGCUGCAGCACAUGUGUUCUGCACUGCCUACUACACUUCUUAUGGACCUAGCAAAAGAGCACCUGAAAUUUAGAGAUGCAUACUGUGAUGUGCUGAAAACGUGGGCCUCUGAUAUGGAGUUCAGCAUAAGUGACUGUGAAUGGGUUCAAACCAGCACAAACCCGACAGUGUCCUUCCAGAAACUGACUGUGCACUUUCUGGCCUUGUUUGAGACUUGUCCCUCUCUGAGGGACGUUAUAGAAAAAGAGCUAAAUGCUUUGAAGAUUUCUGAUGGAGACUUUGAAGUCAGAGGUCUGAGUGUGUGGGGAGACCUCCUGUCAGCAUUAAGCCAGUGACUGUCAGUCUUGGGGUUUCUUUAGAGCUGGAAAAGAUGGCCAAAAUAUAUAAAUAUGUCUAUUUAUAUCUUGAUGCAGUGGUUGACUAGGGCUGGGUAUUAAACCUCAGUGUGUCCAUAGCACUGAUUAUUGAAAGCUGUCAAUGACUGAAAGCUGGCAUUCUUCUUUACCUCUGAGCUAUACUUCUGACAGUUGCUAUCAUAAUUUGGCCAGUUUUAGACUGUAUGUUUUAGGCAAAGUUCUUGUACAGCUUUGUGUGUUUAAACAACAUUUAAUAGCUUUGGUUUCUUUUGUUGAAUUAAAAAAAAAGGUUUUGUAGAAAAACAAAUAAAUAUAAUAAUUCUAUAAAUUUACAGUAUUAAGAAUAAUAAAAAUUUUAAAAUACUCACCUUUGUGGAUCUGGUAGACCUGAAAGUACGUUGCACUAGCCUGAUUCUCGCAGUAUAAAUACUUUAGUGAAAGUUUAGCCAUGUGCCUUGUGAUAAUCGAAGGUUGUUUUUUUAAGACAGUACAAUUGGAUAUUUGUUCAGUUUCACAGGGUUUGGACAGAUGGUAGCAUCACAUGCUGCCGUGUAAUCGGCAGUAGCACGAGACCUGAAUGAAUUUAAUUGACAGUAAUUGUCAGGCAGUGAAUAGUUUAGACUUUAUAAAUUGGUCUCUGGAGGUUCAAGGCUACAUUUAGCAUCAUAAAUUCCACCUGACUACCAAAUAAUUAUAGAUGUGCUUUUUUAAAAUCAUUCUGUUAUUGUUUCUUUCCACAGUGUGCAGAUCUAUAGAGAGAGAUGAGUCUAAUAAAAGGUUUUGAAAGACAACAGGCUAUCAAAAACUGUGAUUAGGAAGCAAAGGCAUUGUGUUUUCCAAUUUACCCUUCGCUAUUUGUAUACACCUAAAAUUA